AUGGCUCCCAAGAUCGCAAUUGUUUACUACUCGAUGUACGGCCACAUCAAGCAGUUGGCUGAGGCUGAGAAAGCCGGUAUCGAGAAGGCUGGCGGCACUGCCGAUCUCUACCAGGUCCCCGAGACUCUUUCUGACGAGGUCCUCGCCAAGAUGUACGCUCCUCCUAAGGCCACAGAUGUCCCCGUCCUCGAAGACCCAAGCGUGCUCGAGCAAUAUGACGCCUUCCUCAUCGGCAUCCCAACAAGAUACGGCAACUUCCCCGCUCAAUGGAAGGCUUUCUGGGACAAGACCGGCAAGCAAUGGAGCUCCGGUGGUUUCUGGGGCAAGUACGCCGGUGUCUUCAUCUCCACUGCCUCUCAGGGAGGUGGCCAGGAGUCCACUGCUCUCGCCGCCAUGAGCACCUUCGCCCACCACGGCAUCAUCUACGUGCCCCUCGGAUACGCCAAGGCCUUCGGCAUCUUGACCAACCUGGAUGCGGUCCGCGGUGGUAGUGCCUGGGGAGCGGGUACUUUCGCUGGUGGUGACGGUUCUCGCCAGCCUAGUGAUGUGGAGAAAGAGCUGGCCACCAUCCAGGGCGAGGAGUUUUACAAGACGGUCGCCAAGGCUUUCAGUGCGUGA